UCUGAGUAUAUUUUUAAACACAAAUUCAGCUGCAAGACUUCAUGACCAGACACCGUGAAGCCCCAAGAGACGGAUAAGAAGACGCUUUAAUGGUCUCUGAAUUCACACACUCACACUGCGCUCACAUGUGGGAGGAAAUACAGCAACAGGAGAAUAUUUGGGAGGGCACUCCAACUCUUUGUAACACCCACAUUCUCUGUUCAUAUCAUGAAUAACAGGGUGGAUAUGAGUUCUUACUGAGCUGGAGACAACUACCUACUCUCUAACGCUUUGCAUCACCACCAGUUUUCCUUCUUCUUGGCUGAUUAGUCAUCACUCCACAUUGCCAAUCAGGCCGCCUCCUUGAAGUUGACCAAGCUUAAAGCCCAGCUAACACUGACCAUGAUAAAAAAUACCAUCAGUAGGAGAUGAGAUGUGCCCUUGACAGCCAGUUCUAUCACACCAGCUCUUCAGCCCUCCACCCUCUUACUCCUCAACCUUUUAAAAACUGAAGACAUCAUGUCCCACCAAAUGUGUAGCCCCAAUACCUCCAGGAAUCAAAGUUCCCCGCAGGAGUCUGGACUGUCCAAUAAACACACUGAGUGGUAUCAGCAGGUGGCUUCCUCUUGCCUUGUACCAGAGUCCAUCUCAAGUUCUCCUGGAGGGUCUUCUGCCUGUCCUGUUAGAUCGAAGGGAAUGCCCCCUUUGCUGCUUCCUCAGACAAGUCGAUGCAGGCCGACACAGAGUAAAGAAUGUUCAGUGGAUAAGGACUUUAACAACUCCAUGAAUAUUAUCAGAGACAGAAAGAAGCAUAGACAUAGGCACUUACAUGUUUGGAGUCGCGGCAGGUCCUUGGACUUUUCUUCCAGCAGCAAGGGGCCUUCUGCUGGUGACCCUAAAGUUAAUUCUCCCCCUACUUUUUCUAACUAUGCAAGCGCAAGGCAUGUUAGACUUAAUACCCACCCCUACACCUUUGAAGCAGCUAUGAAUAUCCUUCGGGACUUUGGUCUUGAAAAAAAGGAUUUGGAAUUUCUUAUCUCCUACCCUGAAGACCAACUCACACCUGAUACUCUGCCAUCCAUCUUGGAACACAUACAGAGGGGCAAAAGAACAAAAUCUGCAGCUCGGCCAGUUCUAAAUUCUGAACCCCAAACUGCUAGUAGAGUGACUGAAGUCAACACUCACAGCUCUGGAGGGAUAGCGCUGCACCACAAGAAGCCCUGGGAAGUUCUCAAGCUAGAUAGGGCAACUGUUUGUGGAUAUUCAGGCAAACACACUGAAGAACUCAGGGUUAUAGUUGGAAAGGAAGGUGAUUCUAGAACCAGUGGUGGUAAAAGACCGAUGCUGAAAGACUGCUAUGAUCGUAGAAGACAAAAUCAAGAACCCAAGAGAAAAAACAUCAGUCACACAAUCCAAAGCACUUCCCCUCUGCCAAAGAAAGACUCUGCAUUCAGAGUUCUCAAGUCUGAUACCACAUCUUCAACCAUGAAGGAAUCAGAGACAGGUGGCAAGUCCACUUUGACUGGUUGUAAUGAUGCCACUGCCACUAAGAAUUCAAGCAAAAUCCAAGAGCAAGAUCCAACAGAUGCAACGAGACAGCAACCGUUGAAUCAGCCAAUAUUGGAAAGGAAACAAGACUUCGAUGUUCUUUCAACACCAGACAUGAUGUGUGACUUUAAGGUGGACUCGCAGAGAAUCUCUCAACAUACCAGUUCAGGCAAAGAAUGCACUAACAUGAAGGAUUCGAGCUCCCACAAGACUGACAGCCUUCACCAUGAAAGAGACAAACUCGUCCAGGAACGGAGAGGAGAUGAGACAGUUCCAUCAUCAAAGAGGGAUGAAGACAGACGAGUACCAUGUGUAAUGAAGAAUCCCUGGAAAUGCUACAAGAGGCAGGCAUCUCCAGAGUUUUCAUCCCUUCCACAAAAGAAGUCAAGAAGUGAACAGAAACCAGUCAGCACAUCAGCCGUCCCGUCUCUGCCACAGUCACAGUACUGUCUUGAUGUUAUGGCUAGCUCUCCUUAUCCUACCAUGUUGUCCCAGCCAGCCUCCUUAUCAUCCUCCUCCUCUUCUUCUGGAAAGAUCCAUUUGGCUUCAGAGCCACUUAAAGAAGUGUCCAGGGAGCUGAAGGGCAGGGCCAGCUCUCCCACAAACACUCAGAGCUCCACCUACAUGGAAGAAAAGGCUAACUGUUGCCAUCCUCCUACAUCCUCUACCUCCAAGGAGGUAGAUACUCUACAUGUUUGUUUUCCAAAUGCUCCAAGCACUGAUGGAAAACAAGGGGGAGGCAACCCACCUGAAAACGCCAACUCUGCCCCUGAGGUGUGUAGAAGCUGGAGGCAAGAGAACCAGAAAAGUUCAAGAGCAGGGAAUGGCCAUUUUAAAGCAAACAAGUCCCAGUCCAGUUCCUCCAAGAACACCUCUUCACCUGCUCAGAAGAGUCCCAUAAAGGACCCUCCUAAGCGCUUGCAGCUGUAUAACCAUAAGGGUCAAAGAAUCUGGGAUGCUCUCCUGUUGGAUCCUAAUGUCUGGAGUGACAUAGCCUACGCGAGGCCAGGAUGGAUACCAAACUCUCGACCAUUUUUCAAGCCCGGCAAUUAUUAUUAUCAACUCAAGGCUGAGAGCACUGUUGACUGCACUGCUAACCCUUCAAAUCAAACUCUAUGGAGCAGGGUGGCCUGUGAGGUCACACGUUAUAACCACAGCGAAGGUCCUUGGUGUGAGAUUCAGUCUGGUAAUGGGACCAGGAUCUGUUUCCUUGCUGCAACUGUAAACCGCAACUACUCAAAGGCUCUUGCAUAAUGAGACAAACAGCUUUCAUACAUGCAUUAUUUUUUAUUGUUAUUUUUGUAUUAAAACAAUCUGUUUUUUUGUCAGUGCAAAUUUUGCAUGUUUAGUUUGACUUCUUUGUACUUAAAUAGUGAGUUUUUUUCUGUAAAUUCUGAGGUAAAUCUGGUUUAUGCAACCUUGAUAAAAUGUUUCGAUGACAACAAAACUGUAUUUUCUGUUGUCUCACUGUAACAGCUGGAUUUAACCCUGUCUCUACUUUUAAAAAAUGUGUUGCCGCCAUUAUAUUCAUAAUAU